UCUCAAAGUCAGAUAGAUGUUCAUAAACUUUUCUAUAUGUUCUGCUUCAAGUUAGCAGCAGCAGUCUUUGUGGUUUCAACCAACAGUCCCUGGUGCAUCACAGAGUCACACCUCAUGCAGAAUGUCUAUUGUUAGGUUUGUGGUUCAAUAAAAAAAUGUUCAUCAUGGCGUCACAGAAUCGUGAACCAUCUGACUUUGUGGUUCAUCUUGUAACACUAAUAUAAGAUGUUCACAGUCUGCCUUCUUCCCUGACUGAGUGAAGCCAGAGAUCAGCAGCAGAUAGAAACAUGCAGCAGAUAGUUUGGAUCAGUCUGGUUCUGCUGAAUGUCGUCUGGAUCUCCUUCUUUUUAACUCCAGAUCUGGACUUCUCAGUGUUUGUGCAGAGGAGAAGCAAGAGCAGCUCUGAUGAGACGUUCAUGAUGGAGUUCUGCCUUCAGCCAGAACUGAAGACAGAACUGGACUUGAUGUCCACUUCUGCCACGAAGUGGACAUCAACUGAAUCUUCAGCCAGGGGACCAGAUGAGGACAUCAACAUCAUCACAGAACUCACUGUAACUGAAGAACAAGACCUCAAACAGACUGAAAUGUUCGGCUCAGCUGACCAGAACAACCCGUCUAAUCAAACUGAUCAUGAAGCCAAUAGAGACUUGGAUGAACACACACCGAGUUCCUCCGAGGUGAGCCGCAGCAUCGGUCCACAGCCUGCUUUGGCUCCAAAUAAAACUCCACCCAGAGUUCCUCAACCAUGCGAAAAGUUUCCAGAUACUGACAUGUGCUGCAUCAAGUUUACCAAUAGGAAAAUAUCUGUACGAACUAUUGUGCAAAUACUCAGAACCACAGAGCUGUGUCAUUUGAAGGCUUUUGUGGUGGUCACUAGAACCAAGAAAAUGUUUUGCAUCAGUCCAGAUCAGAUUCGGUUAUAUACUCACCUGCGAAGAUUAUGCUGAGAUCCGUCAACUUUGUUCAGAAUUUUCUUAACAGUCAAAAAGGUCUGAAAACUCAAGGACAAAUUUAAAGAUUUUGCUUUAAAGUUACAAUCAUUGUUUGUUUUCCUAAAUAUUCUUUUGUAAAUUUUGUACAACAACUAUCAGCAGUGGUGGCAGUAGUGUGCUUUCUUUGGCUAAGAAUGAAAAAAAAAAAGAUGAGCGUUUUCUUUGGCUGUGUUUUUCAUUAAUAAAGGUUUUAUCAAGUGACUGAUUUUUGAUUAUUGAUUAUUGGAAAGGAAGCUUUAAGCAAGACAAGCUCAUCACUGUUGUGUUUAUGUACAUGAUCAUGUUCAAAUUUAAGCCAAGAAGGAAGCAGUGAAAUGCAAAUUGUGAAGAAAUGAAUUGCUGAAAUUUGAUUGUAGAAACUAGUUCUGCUCUUUGCUCAUGUUUUUUCCUGUUGUAAUUGAUUUAGAUUAUGAUUUAUUAGCUGAAAGUUGAACAUUUUACCUUUUGGAAAUAGGCCAGGGCUGCACAGUGGCGCAGUUGGUAGCACUGCUGCCUUGUAGCAAGAAGGUCCUGGGUUUGAUUCCCAGCCUGAUUCCAGGGGGAGGGGCAUCGUGGCAGGGGGGAAGUACUUUCUGAAUAUUAUCCCCAGUGAUCAGCUGUUUACUGGGCAUCAUUUUGUUGCUGUUUAUAUUGUGUUUGAGUUUAGUUGUUAUUGUGUCCAAUUUUCAUCUGGCGCCACCUGGAGGAAAGCUGCUGAGUCACACAGUGAUGGAGUAAAACUGCCUCAGAAACGGAACGAAUUCAGGUUCAGCCUCUGCUCAACCUUCUCUGAGUGUUUUGAGAACGGCUGUGGAGGAUUCCAUAAAACCAAUCAUUCAUCUCUGCAGAUACCUGGUAAAAAAAAAUUUAAAAACCCGGCAGACGGACAAUAUGAGGCUUAGUACACAGCCUGGAGGACAAUCAAUCCUAAAUAGAGGAGAAGUGAGGGGAGUGGGUUUCACAGUUGGUGUUGAGUUUCUAAGGAAAUCUGUCACCCAGCCAAGAUAAAGCCUCUAUUGGUCAGUUUACAAAGUAAAAUGUUAAAAAUGGUCACAUUGAAUGAGGAAUUGCAGUCAGUCUGAGCUACGGAUUAGAGUAAAUACACCUGAAUGGACUCUGAGUGGACGGACUGUCAGUGUGAGUAAUGAUAGAAAAUAAAACAGGUGUAGCUUUGCAGAGAUGAAAUCUUCAUUCCAUCCUCUCCUGUUGUGCUGAGGUUGGAUUUGUUUGUCUUGUUGGUAACAUUAAAGGUGAAUCUGUGAAGUUUGAUCUUUGUGACCACAUUUUCAAUUCUGCAGAGGAGUUUGUUGGUUUUGUGGUUGCACAACUCAGUAAUCCAAACCUGCUCAGGAGUCACAAGCAAAAACCAGAAGUCAAGUGUAAAGUUUGCAGUAGAGUCUUCUCCCUUACAGUGUGUUUUAGUUUGGACAGGAGCUGCAGAAAACAUGCAGAAGGUUUUUCAGCUCCGUGCGGCUCUGCUGCUCGUUCUGUGGAUCUCCUUAGUUGUGCCACCGUGUCACUCUAAUGGUAAGAUCAAUUGAUAAAGAUUAUUUUUGAAUAUUGGUGGUGUUAAAAAAAAGAGAGAUCAGCUCAUUCUUUUCUAAUUUGCUUCAUUGUUGACAACGUGUUAAAGUUCUCUUAUAU